AGGGAGCAAAAGACUGUCUCUCUCUCUAACACAUAGAGAGAGAGAGAGAGAGAGAGAGAGAGAGAGAGAGAGGGAGGGAGGGAGAAGCUGGUGAUGAUGCCGCUAUGGAUGAGAGUGUUGCUUGCAGCUUGGUUAUUAGCGACGCAUGUGGAGGGGAUGGUCCGUCACUACAAGUUCAAUGUGGUGGAGAAAAGGACCGACCGGUUGUGCAGCUCGAAGCCCAUCGUGACGGUCAACGGGCGGUUCCCGGGUCCAACUAUCUACGCCCGGGAAGACGACACAGUGUUCGUCAAGGUGGUCAACCACGUCAGCUACAACGUGACCAUUCAUUGGCACGGAGUCAGACAGCUGCGGACGUGUUGGGCGGACGGACCGGCGUACAUAACGCAGUGCCCGAUUCAGCCGGGACAAAUCUAUACGUACAACUUCACCAUCACCGGCCAGCGGGGCACUCUCCUCUGGCACGCCCACAUCCUGUGGCUGAGAGCCACCGUGCACGGCGCCCUGGUCAUCUUGCCCAAGCGAGGAGUUCCCUAUCCAUUCCCCAAGCCCCACAAAGAAAAGGUGAUCGUACUAGCUGAAUGGUGGAAGUCGGACGUGGAGGCGGUGAUCGACGAGGCAAUCAAAUCCGGAGGAGCGCCCAACGUCUCCGAUGCUCACACCAUCAAUAGCCAUCCAGGACCGGUCGCCAAUUGUCCCAAGGGUGGAUACGAAUUAGCAGUUCGGCCAGGCAAGACUUACAUGCUGCGGAUCAUUAACGCUGCGCUCAAUGAAGAGCUCUUCUUCAAGAUCGCCCGCCACCAGCUCACGGUGGUCGAGGUCGACGCCGCCUACGUCAAGCCUCUACGCACCGACGCCAUCCUCGUCGGCCCGGGCCAGACCACCACCGCGCUCCUCACGGCCUACCACACCACCGGCAAGUACCUAAUGAUCGUCUCCCCCUUCAUGGACGCCCCCGUCUCCGUCGACAACGUCACCGCCACCGCUACGGUGCGCUACGCCGGCACGCCGGCGGCUUCCCCGGCGGUCCCCAUAGCCCCGCCGUCCCCGAACGCCACGUGGGUGGCCGAAGGCUUCGUCGGCUCCCUCAGAAGCCUGAACACAGGCGCCUACCCGGCGCGGGUCCCGCUCGAGAUCGACCACUCCCUGUUCUUCACCGUCGGCAUCGGGGUCAACCCCUGCGCGACCUGCGCGAGCGGCUUCCGGGUCGUGGCCGACUUCAACAACAUCAGCUUCGUCAUGCCCAAGACCGCGCUCCUGUCGGCGCAUUACUACAAGAUGACCGGCGUCUUCACGGACGACUUCCCGGCGAAGCCGAUGAUACGGUUCAAUUACACGGGGGCGCAGCCGGCGAACCUGAACACCAUGACCGGGACGAGGCUCUACAGGCUCCGGUACAAUUCGACGGUCCAGCUGGUCCUGCAAGACACGGGGAUGGUCGCGCCGGAGAACCACCCGAUCCACCUCCACGGGUUCAAUUUCUUCGCGGUGGGGAGAGGGAUCGGGAACUUCGACCCGAUCACGGACCCGAGGAAGUUCAACCUCGUCGACCCGGUGGAGCGGAACACCAUCGGAGUCCCGUCCGGCGGGUGGGCCGCCAUAAGGUUCAGGGCCGAUAAUCCAGGGGUUUGGUUCAUGCAUUGUCACCUAGAAGUGCACACGACGUGGGGGCUCAAGAUGGCAUUCGUUGUCGACGAUGGGGAAGGCCCUGACCAGUCCCUCCUGCCACCACCAAGUGAUCUCCCCAAGUGUUGAGACAGGCCUAGGGGACCCAAAAAAGGAUUUUAGUGUAAGGAAGGAGGAGUGAAUACUAUAUACUACAGCCAAAAAAGACAACCCCACCAAAUGAGAGAGAGAGAGAGAGGACAGAACCAAAUUAGACACAUUGUAAUUGGAUUGAUAUAGGCCAGUGAAAAAACCAUUAUUGAGAAUAUAGAUAUUUGUAAAGAGCUAGUCCAAGCUGCUCAUAUUUUGUCCGAAUUUUCGGAUCCCUUCAACUCGAGUAGUUCGAUUGAUAGUCGAUAUUACCCAAAAGCAUUGUAAAGAGCAAUUUAAGUGUCUUCAAUAUUUUCAAUACAAACUUUCAUCCCUCCCUAAAUUA